UCUCCGCCGCGCACGCGCACGUCUGAAAUCGGCCCUUCAGCCCCUUCCGCACGCCGGCCGCUCGCGCUGAGCAGAAGCGGCGCGAUGCGCGUGCGCCUGCGCGGCAGUCCAAAUCGAAAUAGAGCUGGCGGUGGCCGACCCUGGAGAUAAUCGCUGUUCUAGGUCACCCUGAGUUGGGAGGUGUCCUCUGCGUUGUAGAGGGAUUGAACUCGGGACCUUGCACUUGCGAGGCAGGCGGCAGAACCACUGAGACCUGGAAUGGCCAAAUAUCAAGGUGAAGUUCAAAGUUUGAAACUGGAUGAUGAUUCAGUUAUAGAAGGAGUAAGUGACCAAGUUCUUGUGGCAGUUGUGGUCAGUUUCACUUUGAUUGCUUCCCUGGUAUAUGCACUUUUCAGAAAUGUGCAUCAGAACAUUCAUCCAGAAAACCAAGAGCUAGUAAGGGUGCUUCGAGAACAACUUCAAACAGAACAGGAUGUACCUGCUGCUGCUCGACAGCAGUUCUAUACUGAUAUGUACUGUCCUAUCUGCUUACAUCAAGCCUCCUUCCCUGUUGAAACGAACUGUGGACAUCUUUUUUGUGGUGCCUGCAUUAUUGCUUACUGGAGAUAUGGUUCAUGGCUUGGUGCAAUCAGUUGUCCAAUAUGUAGACAAACGGUAACUUUACUCCUAACGAUAUUUGGUGACACUGAUCAAUCUCAGGAUGUUGUAAGAUUAUAUCAAGAUGUUAAUGAUUAUAAUCGGAGAUUCUCAGGGCAGCCCAGAUCUAUUAUGGAAAGAAUCAUGGAUCUACCCACUUUACUGAGACAUGCUUUCAGGGAAAUGUUUUCAGUUGGGGGUCUUUUCUGGAUGUUUCGCAUUAGGAUAAUACUUUGUUUAAUGGGAGCUUUUUUUUAUCUUAUAUCACCUCUAGAUUUUGUACCUGAAGCCUUGUUUGGAAUUCUAGGCUUUCUAGAUGAUUUCUUUGUCAUCUUUUUGUUGCUUAUCUACAUCUCUAUUAUGUAUCGAGAAGUUAUAACCCAGAGGCUAACCAGAUGAAUAAAGAAAUGAAUUUAACUAGAAUAUUUGAGCUAAAGUACAAUACCAAACAGAAGGACUCAUGUUAGUAUAAAUUAGCUAAAUAUUAUCUUCUAAGGUUAAAACCACUAUAUGACAAACAUCAGAUUAUCAUUUGACAGAUGCCUAGCAAUAUAUAACUGGAAUUUUUACAUGUUCUAAUAUUAAGAUCAGAAUUACAAUAACUUAGAGCUGUAUGUUGAUUCUAUGUUGUCUAUAAAGUCUCUGGGAAAAUAUGGAAUUACUAAAAAAGAAGUAUUUUGACAUCUUUUCCCCAAAAUUACUUAGAUUAAUUGGAUAUGCUAUACAGUAUUGUUAAAUGUAGUUUAUCUUUCUUAAUAGCUACCUAUACAAUAAUAUGUAGCUAUGAAACUCAUCUAAAUAUUUUUGUUACAAUAAAAUAUUGGAGAAAAGUUAGUGUUUCUUUUAGUACUAGCUAAAUUUUGUGCAGUGGGAGCAGUUAUGCUUUUCCAUUCAGGUAUAAUUCUUUCUUACCAGCUGAAACUGAAGAAACUUGAGCUUUAUAAUUUGACUUCAUAUUCUAGUUUAUGGAACAUUUUUUAAUCAAUAGAAUUAACAAGAUGAAGGCAUUUAUCUCCAGUUAGCAUACUUGAUGUUCAUAGUUAUGACAUUUGUACAAGUUUGGUCCUUUGAUAGGAAUACAAACAGAAAUAACUCAUAGGGCUGGGGAUUUAGCUCAGUGGUUCCGUCGCCUACCCUGCAAGUGCAAGGACCCGAGUUCAAUCCCCGGCACUAAAAAAAAUUACAAAAAACAUUGUUUUAGAAGCCUGGGUGAUACUGUGUUUCUGAAGAAACUGGAUCAUUAUAUCUAUUAGCACCAAAGCCCUUAGGGAGGUAAUAACACUAUUUAAAUUUGAUGAGAAAAAUUACUGGUUAGCUCUAGUAACAGAAUGGACAAAUUUGGUUGUGCAUUGUCAGAAAAGUUUUAUAAUUCUGUCUCCUAGCUGGCAGCAUAUAACUCCAUUUCCUGUCUUGUGCACAAUGAGCACACGUGUCGGAGGUGAUUUUAUUGCAUAGGGAAGCUCUUACGUUUGUGUUUGUAUUCUGAUGGCCAUGGCAUGAGUAUCUAAUGCUCUCUUUACACAUUUCUGUUGGAGACUAGUCAGUACAAGUAUUACAGGAUCCUUUCUCAUUCUUUUGGCAUUGCUCAUUGGUGGCCUGAAGAAAGCAGGAUGUCAGUGUGAUCUUUGUUACCUGCAGUCACUGAUACUAAUAUUAUCCAUCAAUUUGUUACUGAGCCUCAUUGUGUGUACACAAGAAAAAAAAGAGAAAACCUAUCGAUUUUCCCACGUUAAUCAGCUUGGCCAUCAGCUAAUGAGAUUCUGAAUGUAGUCAAUUUAUGUUUUCUAAUUUGGACCUAGGACAGAGCUAGUGCUUUUCAUAGAAAUAGGAAUGCUUAGAUAUAGCCCACUGUAGUUACAGCAAUUCCUCAUACUUUUCAUUUUAUCCUUAGGGAAAUCUUGUGAGGAAGGAAUGGCAUUUACCUUCCUUUUCAUAGAUGAAAUCCCUGUGGUAUUGAUGAAAGUUUUAUCUUUUGCCAGAAGUCAUAGAACAAAUAAGUGGUGGUUGUUAGGUAGACAUGAAGGAUGUUAAGGAGAUGCAGGAGAGAAAUUGGAAUCCUUUGGAAGUCUUUCAUAGUGCAUUAUUACUUCACUGGAAUAAGACACUUAGGUGCUCCUAAGAGAAAAAGGCCUAGAAAGAUGACACAUCAGAAACUUCAUGAAUUCUAAUUCUAUACUUCCAAACCAACCUUCUUGAGAGAGUGACUGAUGUAUGUUAUAGAAAAAUAUUUCAGCUCAGGUAUGUUUGAAAAAUUCAGUGAGUAGGAGGUUAUUACACCAGACUGGAAAUGCAUAUCCUACCCAUGAUAAAUCUGGUGUGGGACUAUAGCAACAUCAUUUUCUGAAAGGACUUUAUUUUCUGUGUAUGUGUUCUCCAAUUUGUUGAAUUUCUGGUUAUAAUAAUUUUGUAAUGUCUGGAAUUAUUACUGCUUUCUUGGUUGAGAUGUACCAAAUUUUGUAACAUACAAAAGCACUGUAUGAUCUGAGGUAUUUAUGAAACUGAAAAAUAAACAUUCUGACAUCUCAGAAUUUUAGACCUAAUUUUAAGGUCAUUUUCACUGAUCACUAGUGAUAAAUACAGAAGAGAUCUGAAAGUAAAGUAUAGUCAAUCAGUGUUUUAACCAUCACAGUAAUACUUGUAUGAUUCAGAGUUACAUCAUGUUAAGUCAAAGCAACUAUUUGAUUUUUUUUUUAAAUGCUGGAACUGUUUCAAAAACAGAUGGUCCAACCCAAGGAGCAGAUCACAGAAACAGUUCUAACUGCCACUUAAUAGUAGUUUCAACUCCUACAGUUCUCAGCAUUUGAGAGCAAGGACAGAAGGACUCGUGCUGAUUGAUCCCUGUGGCUUUGCAGAUACCUACCUCACAGAGUUGGUGGAGAAGAUUGACUGGUUCAAAUUUUGUGAUUUGAAGUUUGUCAAAUAUUUAAUUCUUCUGAAUAAAAGCAGCAUAUCUAAAAAUUUUUAAAA